AUGUGGGACUUUGCGCAGUGCGACCCCAACGCCUGCUCUGGGAGAAAGCUCCACCGCUCCCGCGCGCUCCGCCUGCUCGGGAUUGGCGAUCGCUUUAACGGGGUGGUCCUCACGCCGAGCGCGACGAGGCUGGUGACCCCGUCGGACCGCGCGAUUGUUCUGGAGUUCGGCGCAGCGGUGGUGGACUGUUCCUGGAAGGAGCUGGAUGCGGUUCCCUGGACGAAGAUGCGCAUGGGGGCGCCGCGACUGCUGCCGCUGCUCAUUUCUGCAAACCCGGUGAACUACGGCAGGCCGUCAAAGCUCAACUGUGCAGAGGCGCUCGCGGCGGCCUUGGCGAUUGUGGGCCUUGAGGACGACGCACGAAACGUGCUCGCGUACUUUAACUGGGGGGAGAGUUUUUUUAAUCUCAACGAGGAACUGCUUGCGGGCUAUCGAGCAUGCACCACUGAGGAGGAGAUGCACACCUUUCAGUUGGAAUAUAUCGAAGCCGAGGCGCGGGACGGUGCACGACGCCGAGCAGUGGAUCUAGAUGAGAUGGACUUGCUAGAGGCUCACCCCUUGAACGAGCGCAAAGGUCGCACAAAAUCGAAGCAUGCCUGGAACCUGAAGCGCGUGGACGAGGAAUCUACUGAGGAUGAGGUGGAUGCACAAGAAGAAGGGUCAACUCAUGAGGAUGACCAGAGGGAGGAAGGAAGGAUGCAAAUGCAAUCGAAUGGGUCCUUUAUAUCCGAGAAAGAAGGUAGAUAA